AAUGGCACGCUUUUCUGCUCGCACGCCAUUUCGAUUUUAUUAUUAUUAACUGGUGUGUUCAGCAGCAGGUGCUCGCAAUAUGGCUCUCGUCUGGGGGGUUGUAAUCCUUGUCCUAACUAUGAUGAGCCGAGACUCACUGACCCAAAGAAUCAUUGGUGGCCAAGAAGUCGUGCCUCAUUCUAUCAAGUACCAAGCAUCUCUUCAGUAUGAGAGAAAUCACUAUUGUGGAGGCAUACUGAUCCACCAGCAAUGGGUGGUGUCUGCUGCCCACUGCUGGAGGCCGAGCAAUAUCAUACAGGUGGUUCUGAGUGCACAUAAUCUGGCGGCUGAGGAUGGAUCUGAGCAGGUGUUCAGCGUGUCCAAGAUCAUAGCCAACCCCACCUACAACCCGAAAACAUACAACGGGGACAUCAUGCUCCUGAAGCUGAGCCAACCGGCUGUUCUAAAUGCAUACGUCCAGCCAGCUCCUCUCCCGGAUAAUAGCAUGCCUCCACUAGAUAGUGGAACCACGUGCACAGUGAGCGGCUGGGGCGUCACACGUAUCUACAGCUUCUACCUGUCCUCUGUGCUCCGCUCUGUGGAUGUGAAUUACAUCCCCAACUGCUAUAACUUCUACAACUCGAUGGUCAAUGAGAACAUGAUAUGUGCUGGAUCUCGAUUUGGAGGCAAAGACUCUUGCCAGGGGGAUUCAGGAGGACCCCUUAUGUGCAAUGGCCUACUGGAAGGUAUCGUGUCCUGGGGGAUAGGUUGUGCCAAUCCUUACUACCCAGGUGUCUACACCAAAGUAAGGAAUUACAACAGAUGGAUCACUGGGAUCAUCACAAGUGACAGUCAGUCCUAAAAAUCAAGAAAGGGUUUAGCUUUAGACUAAAGCCCAAGUCCCAGUUAUAAGGAAUCCAAUAUGGAUUGAAAAAAAAAUGUAGCUGGGGAUCUGUAACUGGGGGUAAUAUCGGUUUUGGGUGUGUAUCCAUAUGCAUAAUUCAUUAAGUAAUUAAAUCCUAGUGAGUUCUGCAGACACAGCAGUGUCUAGAUUAAUGAUAUAAUGUUUAAGCACGGUUUAAUUUCACCGCUCUCUCUCAUAUCUCAUAUGCAUGUCAUAUUAAAUUUGUGAUCUAGGCAAUUACUU